GCCGCUGGGCGGCCUGGCGGGCGCUCCGGGUCCGCGCCCAGAAUGUCCGCAGGGCCGUCGGCUGCCCGCCGGCUCCUGCCGCUGCUGCUGCCGCUCCUGCCGCUGCCGCCGGUGACUCUGGGCUUCUCCGACCGCAGCUGCGAACCCUCGGACCAGUGCUGCUGUCCCCGCAGGUGCCCGCCCCAGGCCCGCUGGAGCAGCCUGUGGCACGUGGGGCUCAUCCUGCUCGCCGUGCUGCUGCUGCUGCUGUGUGGGGUCACGGCCAGCUGUGUCCGGUUCUGCUGCCUCCGGAAGCGGGCCCAUGCCCAACCACACCUACCGUCAAGGCCUCAGCCCUGUGACCUGACGUUCAUCCCUGUGGACAGCGACAGCCCCGUGCACAGCACCGUGACCUUCUGGUUUCUGGCAGCCUACAGCUCUGUGCAGUACCCACUGGGCAUGCGGCUACCCCUGCCCUUCGGGGAGCUGGACCUCGACUCCAUGAGCCCUCCUGCCUACAGCCUCUACGCCCUCGAACUACCUCCCUCCUACGAUGAAGCCGUCAAGAUGGGCAAACCCGGGCAGGGAGAGGCUCCCCCCUCAGUAGUCUAGCCCCCUUUCUGGGGCCUCAGGCCUGGAAAGUUCUCCAAGGCCUAGGUGCUGAGCCUCAAAGCCCAACACCACCAGCUGUGGCCCUGGCGCCCCUCCCAGGGGACAGGGAAGGUCUCCUGAGCUCCCAGUGCCACCGGCCAUCUCAUGCUCACAGGAGACCCCAGCCCACUCUCAUCACCCUUCCCUGGGGAAGGCCAGACCUCCAGCACGUUGCCGCAGCCCUGGCCCUGUAGCCACGAGACGCCAGGCAGACAGACACACACACACAGGUUGCCACGUCUAGCCCCUGGCCUGCCCCAGCAGGCCCUCUGCCUGAAGGACGUCUCCAAGGUCUAAGCCUCCACAGAUUUUUGGAGAGAAUAAAAUUUGUA